AUGUACAGCACACACAAACUGCAGGGGGAUACACUGCCGGGUCCUUUCCGCUAUUAUAACAAGCCGCGGCUUCGUCUGCCGCCGACUAGAAACCCCGGCUUUGCCAAUCUGCGAGGAACGUCCACGAUUAGCAAGGCGGCACCCUCAGCGGACUAUCGUGCCACUCACUUGACGGAAUACGAGAAAAACGAAAUUCAAGGGUACUCGGAGGUGUACUACACUGGACAGAAUUGCGAGCGGAAAAUUCAGGCCCCUGUAGAGGGCAGUUACAAUAGCGGUUACGAUGACGAACGCGGGGACUAUACAAUCAGGCUUCAUGACCAUAUAGCCUACCGCUAUGAGGUGCUAGGUGCCCUGGGGAGUGGGUCCUUUGGUCAGGUUGUUAAGGUUGCGGACCACCACAAGGGCACGACGGUUGCACUGAAGAUUAUACGAAACAAGAAGCGGUUUCUAUCACAGGCAAAAAUUGAGGUGCAAAUUCUAUCGCAUCUUCGACGGGGUGAUCCCAACGGAAUUUACGGUAUAGUUCAAAUGCUCGAUAGUUUUACAUUUCGUUCGCACGUGUGUAUUACCUACGAGCUUUUGUCGCUGAAUCUCUACGAGCACCUCAAACAACGUAAUUUUCGUCCGUUAUCAUUGAGUGUCGUCCGCAGGAUUGCCGCCAGUUUGUUAGUCUCGCUUUCGUACAUAUGGCGUGAGAAUAUUAUUCAUUGUGACUUGAAGCCAGAAAACAUACUCCUUAAAACACCUGACAGGGCAGCUGUAAAGGUAAUUGAUUUUGGAUCUUCCUGCUUCGAAAAUGCCCGCAUCUACACAUACAUUCAGUCUCGGUUUUACCGUGCCCCUGAGGUGAUCCUAGGCCGUUCGUAUACCAAACACAUAGACCUUUGGAGUUAUGGCUGUGUUCUAUGCGAACUUGCCACAGGAAUUCCCAUUUUUCCGGGAGAGAGUGAACAGGACCAGCUGGCUUGCAUCAUGGAGUACCUUGGCACCCCUCCGGAUGAGCUCAUACUUCAAUCCCCGCGCAGACACGAACUGUUUGACGCCAAUGCGGGUCAUGCCCCCAAGUUGUUUCCCAACAGCAAAAGAAAGAUACGAUACCCAGGGACAAAGUCCUUGGCAGCCUUUCUUGGCCUUCCUGAAGAUGAUGGCUUUGUUAGCUUUGUCAGGCAGUUUAUCUGCUGGAUCCCCGAAGAUCGGGUUCCCCCGCGCAAGGCGAUGCGGCAUCCGUGGAUUGCCGACGCAUUUGAGGGGCCACCAGCACCGCCGCCGUUGCAGCUGACCCAGACGCAAGCAAAAAUGGCGGUGCGUGCGGCGAUUUCUAAUGCCCAUGGUGUCACGGUGUCUUCUUGGAAGUCGUUACACCUCCCAAAGCUUGUUGAACACUGA